GCAAAAACAAAAUAAUUGGGAGACGCAAGGUCAUAACAAUUGGCGACGGGGAUUUUGGCAACAAAGAAAUAAUAAUAAUACAAGUGGUGACUCAGAUUUUGGAAAUAAAUUAGCUGUAAUAAGUUGCCGGUGAUUUUUGGAUUAAUAUUAUUAUUAGCAGUAAAAUUUUUAUUUUAAAAAAAAAAUGUCAGAUUCUUCAGAACAAUUGCAGUUAUUAUUACAGCAGCAGCAUCAAAUGUUAGCUUCGCAACAACAACUAUUGGAGGCACUUUUGGAAGUAUAGAAUCAUAUCUCAAUCCAAUUCCAGAAUUUAUAUUUGAUGCAGACAGCGGUCACACUUUUGAAGCAUGGUUCGGCAGAGUAGAAGAUAUUUUUCGAGUAGAAUUUGCUACUAUGGAUGAUGCAAAGAAAGUCCGGCUGCUAUUACAGAAACUUGGUCCUAAUGAGCAUCAAAAGUAUAAAAACCAUAUUCUGCCUAAACAUCCGCGAGAAGUUAAUUUCGAUGAAACUGUUAACAUCCUAAAUAAAAUGUUUUGUGAACAGGCGUCUUUAUUCCGUAUCCGGUAUAACUGUCUACAGCUGACUAAAGAGGCUGAUGAAGAUUAUAAUACGUACGCCGGAAGAGUAAAUUUACAAGCAGAACGAUUUAAAUUAAAUGUAUUAACCAGUGAUCAAUUUAAAUGCUUAUUAUUCAUUUCUGGUCUGAACUCUCCUGUUGAUGCUGACUUUCGCAUGAAGUUGUUAUCCCGUAUGGAACAUGAUGAUGAAAUGACGUUACAAACUAUCACCACUGAAUGUCAACGAUUAAUAAACCUAAAACAAGAUACAGCUAUGCUGGAAACCAAAAGUGUUGUGCCCUCAAAUUCUGUUCAUGCUGUCAAGACAGGUCAAAGACAAAAUAGUACCAAAAGUCAUAAAUAUCACUCGAAAGCUCCUAAACCUGCAACUAAAUGUUGGUAUUGUGGUGCAUGGCAUUUCUCAAGAUUUUGCCGGUUUAGAAAUCAUAGAUGCACUAUAUGCAAUAAAGUUGGAAUUUUCAAAAAAAAAAAGGGGGAGGUGUUAUAUCCGAGUGGAGAUUAAAUUACAGGUAACUUCCGAGGACUAUUCAUGGACUAAUAUUCUAUAAAUAUU